AUGGAGGGCAGGGCGGCCGCGCUGGCAGGCCCGGGCCGCCCGUUUGAGGGCACCGGCCGCCUGCCGCUUCCCUGUGACUGCCUAUUGCCUUCUGUCCUUCAGCGAAGAACCACGGACCUGCUCCAAGUGACUGCUGCCUGGGGAGCAGGGCCGAGGGAGGCCACCCCUCCCCUUGGGGUGCCCGGCGCAGCGACUGUAGGGCAUAGUUGCACCUCCGCCGAGGCCGGGGCAGGGAGGCCAGCAGGGUGGGUAGGAGGUGCUGCGCGGCUUUACAAGUCGCCAGUGAUUGCGGACCAGAGAUUGCGGCAGCGGGGAGGUUGGAACAGCAAAGCUGACCAGGCUGCCUCGCUGCUCUCCGCUCGCAGGCGAGCACAAGAUGUCCAUCUGCAUACUCGGCUUCAGCUGCUGCUGACCGAAAAUCGUAUCUCCUCAUCUGAUCCCUGUUUUGGGCCAAUUUUUGACCAAUCCCACCACGAAGCACAUGACAGACACCCCUGGGAGUGGGUCAGGAAGAGAAGGCAGAGCCUGCCUCCAGCUGAACUCUUUGAGAUUGGCCAGAUUCAACGUGUUACAAACAAACAUAUUCCACCUGUUACAACAAUCUGGCAUAUUACUUCCUUGAUACGUGAUGAUACAAUACCUCUCAGGUUUGCUGAGUAGCAAAGAGAAAUUGAGAGUACUGCUGGAACAGCAAUUUAUCUUCCAGGAAAAUUCAGCAGGUCUUUUGGGACUCAAAGUAUGUAAGAAGUCAGGCACUGUCCAAGUAACCACAAUAUUCACAACCCCCUGGAAAGCAUUUUUAAACCCUGAGAUAGAAUUUUUGGGUUUGCAAACAAUAAUAAAAUCAUUGUCUAAAACUUUGCUUUUAAUAUAUGUAAACAUCCUAAGAGAUUACAAAUGUGUUCCUCUUUGUUAUAUGUUUUGGCUUCAGAAUCAUUACCCUCUAAAAGUUACUUCAGUUCCAGGUAUGACUCUUUGCUAUAUAAGAAGUCAAGCAGCUAGUUAAUUAUCCACUUAAAAAAUAAAAUUUUGUCCUUAAGACAAAAGGAGAAGGGCACUUUUCAUGACAUUUUCAAUGAACUGGAACUUCUUGCUUCAAAUGAUAUUCCAAAAAACUUGCUUUUUCUCUUGGAACUGGGUCAGAGUUUUUCUAGCCUUGAUAGAAUUGGCAUCCUUUCUCGAAAUUGAAAUAUGCCAGCCGUAGUACUUUUUCAGUAAUACAGUUAUCAUGCAGAAAAUCUUUGAUAAGGCCACAUAUGCACCAUUUGUGCUAUAGAGAUCCAUGAACCUGCAAGGUUAUGUGACUGUGAGUAACCCCUGCUGCCAUUUGAUGCUACUAAGCCUUCAAAAAGCUUGACCGUGAGACAGACUUCUUUUUCCCCCAAAGGCUCAACAUUCUUUUUUGUGCUACAUUUUUCAGAAGAACUCUUUGUUUGAAGAAGCUGGGCAGGGUAAAGCUGGCAGACUGGAACACUGCCCUGAUGUGUUGUGACAGACAUGUAAUCUGCCAUUUGACCACUGGUUCACACAUCAGUGUUAAUGUGAAUGUGACACCUCUCAGCAUACUGUUAAUCAUGCAUUACUCUUCUGUCUAAAAUGUGGAGAUGUGGAGUAGACUUUUAUUCUUUUCAGAAGACUACACAAAAAACCCUAGUGAAAUGAAAUUUUACAGCCAUAAAAAGCAAACUGAUUGACAGCUGCAAAUCAUAGUCACAGCAACAUUGAUAUAUACAUAUUUAUAGAUCCCUAGAUUUCAAAACUAAAAAGGAUCAUUAGAACAGUCUGCUUAAUCUAACGCACUCCCACUCUAAACAUGCAAGGAGUCAAAUAUGUAGUCCCAUGUCGUGUGUGGAAACCUAGAAGAUGACCUUCUGUAGUCCAGAAAUUAGAUCAAUUCAGCUUCUUUUCCUCAGUAACACUUUUACAUCUCUUGGGUUUUGUUUCUUUUUCUCCUGGUGUUUCAUCACCAAAGUGCCCAGGAGUUCAUCUGCUUUCAUUCAACUGAAAUGCAUGUACCAGAUGGUGCAAAUAGCCCAGUAUAUUUCAAUCCUGUAUCCAUGUCAAAAAACAGGCAGACUGCUGCAGUUCUUGGUUGCUGCACCUCAUGGUAUCAAAGGCUGGCUAAGAAGAGUGACACUGCUUGACGAUGAAUAAGAUUUUUCAGGUCUGGCAAGGAAGUUGCUUUGGAAGCUAAAAUCCUGCUUCUACUCUGUAGGAGUUGCUUUUCAUGAUUAAUUAAUUGUGUUUACACUAAUCUACAAAGGAUGUAAAGAAAUAUAAAAACAGAGUUACAGAAAUAUGUCUAGUUAAGAUACUUUAUAGUAACCAUUUCAUCACCUGUAUUUUAAGUAUAUUAUCUACCUGCUUGUUAGAAUUUUAAAAGAAAUUUACCUAAACCAGAAAGUUCUGUAUUGUAUUUCUCAACAUUCUUUUACAGGGGGACCACUGAGAUCUGUGUUUGCUGUGUGAGCAGCCUAGAUCUCCCAUGUCCUUAGGCCAAUGAAGUUUGAAAUUAUCUUGAAGGCUAGGCAGUGAAGUGAAGGUCACUAGCCACUUUCAUCUGAUAGCACCUGCUUAGAGUUGGUCUCAACACUUUCAAAAUAUCUCCAUAGUAAAGCCUUAGACAUGCAAAAGCCAUAGCUCUAGAAAAAUUAUGAUUUCAAAGAGUGGACAGUUGUUUAUCCUGGAAAACAAAAACUGGAGAUAGUAGUUGAAAGCUGUGGCAAAAUUUGACAUUCUUUCUGUUGGUUUUCUGACUUCUAAAUGCUGUAACAGUAACACAGAAUACAAGAAGAAUUAUGCCCUCCUAUUCAUUCUUCUGGUGUGUUACUAAUCCUACAAGUAACAGAAAACUCAUGAUACAUUUGAACAGCAAUGUCGUGCUUUCUCACCCUGUCCUCUAUCAUAUCUGCAAGUGUCUCUCUUAAGGCCCAAGUGAAGUAUUCCUCUGUCUGUUUGGGUUACCUGUGAAUUUUUUUCUUAAUGUCGUUUAUAAGAUAGGAUAUGAGAAUUUUAAAACAUGCUGGAGAAUCCUGGUUUGACUAAUUUUAGUGGUCUUUGGGAUGAUCUGUAAGUGCCUCAGGAAGGGACAGCACUCUUUUACCUGUUUAACCUGUCAAGCUCUAAAGCUUUUCUCUGUAUUUUUUAUUUUAUUGACAAUUCUCCAUUGUUCUCAAUCCCUAAACAUUUAUGGUUUUUUAACUGCUGAAGAGACAGAUGCCUUACUUGGAAAACUAUCUCCCUUCCUGAACAAAUAAUUCCAGGACAGAAAAGAGUACCACAAAAUAGUUCAUAUAGCUAAAAGACCUGUCUUGCAAGAAAUUACAAUUAGUUGUAUGUUCAUUUUGCAUUACCACGUGUAGUGUCGGUAUGCUUGUUGACAAAUCUAUGUAUGUGUAUUUGUUUUUAUAUUCAGAAGCUCUAGUUUUCCUCCAGUCAUGGUGUAGGUGGUUCUUCUCAUGUGUAUUGUAGUUACAGGAGUAUAAUUUUGAGCAGAAGUCAUACUGAAAAUAAUUGUUUGUUUAGCUAAUGGCAUAUUAUAGAUUAGGUAGAAACCAUCAAACAGGCCAUGGCACCAAUAUAUAUAUAUAAUGGAAAAGUGUAAAAGAUAAGUCAGGAGAGAAAGGAUAUUUAAUAUGAUAGAUGGAAGUGCCAUGAAGACUAGUGGGAUGAAGGUAAUAAGAGAAAGUUUAGACUGUCUACCUGAAAAUUUCUGGAUAGCAAACUAGUUGCACUAAACAACUGUAUAUUCUCUAUGGAGAAACAUUAGCAGUCCAAUUGCUUGAGAUUUUUGAGAGGCCAAAGGAGCAGCAAAAUACAUGUUGGGGAAAAAGCUUGAAUUGGCAGGUAGGUAGAUUAGCUGACCUAUUAGUUCUUUUCUAUUGCAAACUUCUAUGAUUUUAUGUGGGGAAAAUUCCUUUUCAACCCACGCUGGCAAUCUGUUUAUGUUCUGAAGUAUGAUGAUUGACAUCCCUUUUAACUUUUAACCUAGAGAAUGUCUCUGCAAGUGUUAUUCCCACAUAUAAAUGUCUAAUGCUUUUAAUAAAAAAAAAAAGUCUCUCAAUUAGGGGACUGUAUCCAUGUGCAAAUGCAGAAUGGAGAUCACAACAGAGUCUGAGGUGUUAUCGCGGCAUGGGCAGCACUCCCACUCAGGAAGGAUGGGGCGUUGAGAAGGAAAAGGGAGCAUUUGGGGCUUUAUAGACUAGAGAGUGAAGGCAAACAAGAGAAAAGUGGAUAAAAACAGUCAGAAAGAAGGGUAUAAUUUUUCUUGAAAGGGGGAAUAGGAAGGAGAGAAUAGAGAAAAAUGGGCAGGUUCUUCUCUAUAAGAAUAGAGGAGCAAAAUAGGAAAUGAGAGCUAAUUUAUGGAGUAGAAGAACCAGAACAAAUAAGGAUGUUCUCCUAUUAUUAUGGUGCCAGAGUAGCUUGCUACCUGUAAGCAAGGUACCUUUGGUUCAUCUACAUGCAGCUUUAUUUUUUAAAAUUUCGAACAGUGUAAUAUUUAGUGGGCAUCACUGAAGUACACUGCAUGGAUUUUUGUGAUAAAUAGUGUAUUUUACAAUUAAAAUUCAGCUUAUCCAUCUUUCCUGUGAAAGUAAAACUUACAAAAAUAUAGAGCAUUUAGAAAACUAUAGCACCUUAGUAGAAAGAAGUUCCAUAUUUUGCAAGUCUUUCCUGCAUUUACCCCUAACUGGGGGACUGGAGAUGGAUUUAUGAGAGGGAAAAAAUUAAAAAAGAAAUAUUUAAAAAUUAUAAACUGGCAAAACUUCAUGUAUUUAAAUAUUACAAAAACACUCUUUGCAUGCUAUGGUAUUCAUUGUACAAAAAGAAAUAAAAAUUGCAGAGAAUUACAGUUAAUCAAAAAUAUCUUUGCUAUGUUACUUGUUCUGACUUAAAGAAGUUUGCUGAAGCAUCAACUUCAUUUCUGUCGAGGACUGUAAAAAAGAUUGAAGCCGGGGCCUGGAAUAUGAACAAACAAUGCAUCUAAGUUAGUGCCCCACAGAAUAUUUUAAAAUUAUUUAACACAAAUCAUCUCAGUGUCAACAACUCAUCACAGAUAAACUAUCUAAUUAACAGAAGCCAUCAUAGUAUUUGAGAACUCAGUCUUGGCUCAGUUGAUAUACCAGAAGGGCACUCCUUGAUAAGCAAAAUUUAUAAAGGAAGGUUUAAAAACAUUACUGCCUGAAGGAGAUUCUUCUUAGUUUUCAAUUAACCCUCUGCUAGGUUGGUGUUUUUAGUUGUUUGGAUUUUUUAAAUCUUAAUGAGAUAACAAGCACAGGUUGACCUCAUGUUCUCAGGUAUAUUCCAAGCUAAGACUCUGUUACACAGCCUCUUUUAUGAUGCAAUAUUUUUUCAGUGAGUCUGCCGUGCACUUGGAACCAUGCCAAAAUGACAGCUCAGUUAACAAAAGUGUCCCCAGCUUUUGUAAGCACUUAUGAGAUAGUUUUAUCCCACUUCUUGAAAAUUGCAAAGGUUGUCAAAAUCCUGAGGAGAUAAAACUUUGCUGCAAAACGCUUUUGGGCAUCAAAGCGUUGGCUGGUUGUUGCAGCACCAAACCAGCCACUUAUUGGAAUUGCACUUAUUGCAGGUGAUUCACUUCCCUGCAGGAAGUCUGUGGGGAUAGAAAGAUGAUAAUGGGAUCUAGGAAAAUAUAAUAUAGACCAAAAGUCACUGAAAAUAGCUUGUGGGAAAUACUGAAAAGAGAGAUCUCGCCUAAAUCUCUGGGGGUGAUGUUUAUGUGUUGCAAGGAGAUGAUCUAGGGCAAUAAUAUUCAUUACCCUAAAAGUGCUCCUGAAAGUAGUCUCUUUCACAGAGGAAAUGUGAAAUAAUACUUAGGAAGGAGUGAAGUACCAUUUUUUUUUCAUUCCCAUCCCAGGUAGAUUAUUUGCUACAAUAUUCACCAAGUGUAUGGCAGAAAUGGGUAGAAUUAAUCUUUUUUUCUGAGCUGAAGGAGAUCAUACUGCUGAUAUCAAGUCUUGGAAGAGAACAAUUUAUCCUUAGCCAUUAUAUGAUUCCUACAGCAUUCCUAGGUUUAAACAAAGCAUACUCUCACCAUCUUAGAAAACAACAAUACUGAGUUUCCCAAAGUCUUUUAAGAAAGAAUUUAAAAAUUACUGAUAAAACAGAAUAAUCUACAGUUGUUCUUCACAAAAUAUUAUUCUGCAACAGAAAACAGAUUUUAAAUGUUGGUUUGACUGAGAUUUAUUGUUACAUCUGUGGAGGCAUUUAGGCAACUCAACUACCUACCUUUGCAACUUAGAACUCUAGUUUUAAAAGCUAUUAACAGGAAAGUAAAAAGAAAGAUACAUAUGCAUGCUACUACUACUACUAAAAAUAAUAAUAAUAAACCCACAUCUGCAUUUUCACCAAAACACUCAAAAUUUUCAGUGGAUUAAUUGGAAAAUGGGUUAUUUUCAACAGAAAAUGCUUAAAUGCUUGAAAAUAAAUGUUCCCUUAUUUCUUUGAAAAAUUUGAAUGCUGUGAAGUUUGAAAAGGAUUCUUAUGGUCAAUUCAUUAAAAAUUAUUGCCCAGUUUAAAUUCUCUAUAACUUCUCAGAGCUACUGAGGAAGACAUUGAUAAGGAAAACAGUAAGUCAUAAUGAUCAAUAUAACAGUGUCAAAAUGUCAAACAAUGAAUCAAAUGUACAAAAAUUAAUUUAUUUUUCUUGACUUUCACUUGGCACUUUAGUAGAGGUGAUGUUAUUUUAGGAACAUUCUGAUGAGGAACAUAGGGGUAAUGACUCUUGGGAAUCUGCAGGGAUCAUUGAAUUUUAAGGGCAGGAAGCCACCUAAGAGAUACGCAAUACAUGCCAGUAUAAUUUUAUUGCCUCUAGUAAAAUAGACUAAAAAGAGUCACAAAAGCUGUGAGCAGCUGAAGGAACAUAUUUGGCAAGACCAAGACAAUUGACAAUGUGUUUGGUCUGCCCCAUUUCCAAUUUUUUCUAGACAUUUCUCAUUAUAUGGGUUUACACAACUUGAGGUAAGUUUAUUUAAAGUUCUAAGGAGAUUUUUCCACUGGGUAACACUCCAGAGAGACUUAGUGUGUUGUUCAUCACAUGAACACAAGUAUUUAUGAACAUAGCUGGAUAUGGGUGUAUUACUAAAUUAAUUUCUGAGUUGUUUCUUUCAUAUUCAAUGGAUUAAUGUACCACUGAAGUUAGCAGCAGUGAUGGCAAUGACAUUCUUGUACAUUCCUCUAAAGAUGUGGAGUAUCUCAGAUAAGUGUUGCAGAAAUAACUCAUUUUUCAGCUCCCUGGCAGUUCAAGAUAAUGAUUUCAGAUCAAUUCAAAUUAAUGGCAGCUCUUGGACUAUUUUCAAUGUUUAACAUGCACACAUAUUGUUUUACCAGACAGAGAUAUGCACAAACUUGAUGUUUUCAGAUGUCUUCUCCAAGUCUAGGAAGCUACUACAUAUAUGUCCUGUUGUCUUUAACAGUUCAAGCAAGUGAUGAUCCUCAUCACUCCACAAAAAUAAAGUAAUUGUUAAUAAAGCCUAACUGACCUCAGUUAAUUUGUUUCUAUAAAAAGAAUAGCAAAAACUUUUUAAAAAGCACUAAUAAUUCCUCCCACCCUCAACUCCCCAAAGUAUCUGGCUCCACCCCUAAUGUCCCUUUGCAAGAAAAUGUGACAAACUAGGCAUACCCAAAAAGUUUAUGUGAAAAGACUAAUUUCAGAGAAAGAUUCUUCAAUAAAGAAUGGAAAUGACAUUAUUUCUCAAGUGAUGAUUUGGAUUUACACAUACUUUGCAUCUAUAAUGAAUAUACACACAACAGAAUGACUGGA